AUGCCACCCGAUUUCGACAACAAGGAAUACUGGCAGCAGCGGUUUGCACACGAGACUGCAUUUGAAUGGCUCGUGUCGUCAACCGACUUUAUGCGCGUCCUCGAGCCCUACCUCGAGAAGCUUCCAAAAGCUGCACGCAUUCUGCAUCUUGGGAUCGGGACGAGUGAGCUUCACAACCACCUCCGGAUGCUCGGCUUUUCGGACAUAACAAACAUCGACUACGAGCCGAUGGCGAUAGAGCGCAGCAAGCAGCUCGAAGAGAAGGCAUUUGGGGACGUGAGGAUGCAAUACCUAGUUGCAGAUGUCACUGAACUUGAGUCAGACCGUUUGAGGGGCGGGCUAUUUGACCUGGUCGUUGACAAGAGCACGGCAGACGCCGUAUCUUGCGGUGGCGAGGAAGCAAUCGCACGCAUGGCCCGAGCGGUCCGGCGAUGUCUAGGUGACGGCGGGAUGAAGGUUCUCCUCUGGUUGCAGCUGCUUGCAAUCCAACAGGUCCUUUCCCUUUACGCGCCACGAGGCAGUCCGAAACGCGGCGUGGCUCUUGUCGCAAGCAGUAAUGCAGAUUUGGGAAGGACAACACACCAACAGUGCAGUUGGGUCUACAACUGGAGCCCGACCCCACCCCCUUUGAUGCCCACUGGAUUGACCUUCGUGCCCAUGCAAUGGGGGCGCGACAACGUCCACGCAUUUGCUGACGCCGUGCACAAAUCCGGUGCUCGUACGAUUUUGGCAUUCAACGAGCCGGACAUGGCAAGCCAGUCCAACCUUGCUGUCGGUGAAGCAGCGGAGCUGUGGCAGCAAUACAUCCAGCCGUUGAAGAAAGACGGUGUUCGACUCGGUAGCCCGGCAAUAUCCAGCGCGCCGAGCGGUCUUCAGUGGUUGCAAGCUUUCCUCCAGGUCUGCUCCGGUUGUACAGUUGAUUUCAUUGCAGUCCAUUGGUACGGCGAAGGGGCGAGCAAUUUCAUCCAAUACCUCCAAAGUGUCCAUGCCCAGUUCCCCAACAAGCCAAUUCGGGUCACAGAGUUUGCGGCUACGUCUUCACGAGCAACAGAUGUAUCGACUUUCAUGAAUGACGCCUUGACUUAUCUCGAUAGUCAGUCCUGGAUUGAAGGCUAUAGCUGGUUUGCAUUCGCACGAGCGGUCCCUCCUUUACAAACGAAUCUCUUGGACGGAGGUGGAAGCCUGAAUGCCCUCGGCCUGCAUUAUAUGUAG